AUGGAGAGCGAGAAGCUGACGUAUGGCGACGUGGUGUGUCUGGGAUGCAUGGAUCUGCACGGGUACCUGACGGGGUCAGGCCUCGUGGACGAGCGAGUGCGCUGCGAGAUUCUGGACGAUAACGUGGACGUCCCGCCGUGCCUCGAUAACGCCAAGUUCGAAGUACGCGAAGCGGGAUUGCCGCUGGACUCUGGACGCCGCAGCGCUGUCCGGAUCAAGUACCAGUACUCGCUGUGGAACACCAAGGACGACGCGCACGGCAGUAGCGUCGCCCGCCCGGGCCACAUUCCGCCCAAGGAGGGGGAAGGUGCCAGCAAAGCAGAGCAGGCGUUUAACAAUGCGGAGUUUGUGCGGUCGGUGGGCAGUCCAGUGCUGUACGGGCAGGUGGUGCAGCUGCUGCACGUGUCCAGCCACAAGUUCCUCACUGUCAAGCGCACCCAGUCCGAGCUCGAAAAGUCCCACCUCAAGGUUGUGCUGCAGAAGGGUGGAGACACGGGCUCCUGGUUCUGUGUCACUCCAACGUACAAGAUCAAGAGGGAAGGAGAGCACGUGGCAUUUGGGGAUGCAGCGACCUUCACAAGUGUCAAGUUCAACGGGGCUGGUCUACGAGUCUCGGAGGGGUCAUGCGACACUACAGUCAUGGGCGCACACCCAUACGUUGCAGAUACCAGAGAAGUGAACGCAGGCCCUGAGAUGGCGGGGUGGCGCAUCAUCCCCUUCGCCCUGCACGAAUCUCGCAUCCCCAAUGCACGCCAGCUGCUCAAGGGAGGCGAUGCCGUCAUGCUCAUCCACAGGGCGAGUGAGAUGAAUCUGGUGUGCGAUGAGGGCAAAGUCGUCUUUGAAGCCCGCAAGCAGGAUGGGGGCCCGAGCUCCAACGCGCUGUGGAUGGUUCAGCCCACGAGUGUGGAGUGGGGAGGCCGCCCUCUGCCCUACGAUCAGGGCUUCACGCUGCGCCAUCUGGCAUCGGGGUUGUUCCUGGAGUCCAAGCGCCAGCCACAGAGCGCGCAGGACCUCCGCCUAGACGACUUCAGUGGAGCGCUGACAGUCACAGACCUGUAUCGCAAGCCCAGCACCAUAUGGACCAUCGGAGCUGUCACUCAGGGCUAUGAUAAGUCUGCCGUGCUCUAUCAGUCACUGCUACGCUGCCAGGGCGUGCACGGGUAUGUGUCAGGCGGGUUGGGCGAGUACUCAAUGACAGUGGGGGACUCCUCAAGCCGUGCGCUGCUGGCUCAGCUGGACUCUUUAUACGAGCGCAAGUCAGCGGGCCUCACCCAGUCCUGGGACCAGAAGGAUGCACUGGUCUUUGAGGUCGCCUCACACCAAGCAGUCAAGCUCACAUGCACGCAAGCGCACUCGGCGGCGUGUGUGCGCAACUUCGUAGCAGCGCUAGACAGAGUGGACGACAUCGAGCCCUGCGCGGACGACUACCAGCUCAAGAAAAGCAUCCGUUCCUCUGGCCUCCUGCAAGUUCUUCUCAAAUACGGCCCGGCAGUGUCGGAGCAGUUGGAGCGGUUGAUUCGUGCCCUGGUGGUGUCCGACAUGCCUGAUGUGCUCAACCUCAGAGGCCCUCCCAACCAAGUCUACCAGGUGCUCCAGCGGGAGCAGAAGGUACUAACAGGCGUGAUGACAAUCCUGGAAACCCUCCUCAUACGCAAGGGCCUCCCGCAAAACAGCAUCAUGCACCCGCACCUCUUUGGCGGCUUCGACGUGCGGCGCCUGUGCAAGCUCGUGAACCGCUACCUGCAGGCGGCGUGCCGGCGGUGCCGGGCGAACCAGGACCAGCUGGCGCCGUACAUCCCGCUGCUGGAGCAGCUCGUGGGGAACGAGAUCUACACGUCUGGGACUCUCAUGGCGAUUGUGGCUGAUAAUGAACACAUCAUCUCGUCUGUCACCGUGGAGAAUAUCCGGCAGCGCAUAAUCAACUGUCGCACUUUCCAGCGGCCGCGGGACAUCCGGUUUCUGAACAUCAUCUGCAGCUGCGGGGGGGCGCCCGUGCGCACGAACCAGAACGUGGUGGUGGACAUUCUCAAGGAGAACAGCGACGUGCUCGUCAAGGCGCGCGUGGCGCCCUCUGAGAACGGCGUGGGCGAGGAGACGCUGCUGCUGGAGCGCGACGGGCUCGUGGUGGACUGUGGCGCGCUUGAGAGUCUGGAUAAGCUUGGAGCGCACUCGGACUCUAUUCACCGCUCGCCUCAAGAGGUGCUGUUUCUGUUCUACGUGGUGACGUUGGAGCUGUUCUGCACGCUGUGCAUGCAGCGCAACCGCAAGGCCAUAGACUGGCUGAUAGAGGACAGCGACCUGUACGGGCUGGACUACCACACGCUGCGCAUGGUCGUCUUCAACCCCUCGCUGCCCUUCUUCCUGCGCACCAACUGCUGCCGCCUCCUCACGCACCUCUACAUUGAUCGGGAGCCCUUUGAGGAGCGCUCCUACACGCGCCUUGUGCUCACCUGGCCGGCCAUUGACAGCAGGCAGCCAUUCCCCGAAGAAGAAUCAUCAGAGGAGGACGACGUGUCGCGCGCCAUGGCAGACCCAUUCCUGGCCUUCCCCCACAAGGCGCCCGAGGCAGGCUUCACAGCGCUGAAACACAACAUCCUCGACUUCCUCCCCUCCACCACGCUCGCUCAGACCAACAGCCGGCCCGGCCAGAGCUCUCUCACCUUCGCUGUGCUGCAAACAGCCAGCCUGAUGCUGCGGUUUGGGCUGUUUGGGAGCUUUUCUGGGCUGGGGGAGGAGGGCAUAGCGCCCAUUGUGGACGCGGUGGUUCCGCUGCUGGAUGGGCGGUCAGAGAAGUGGGGCGCGGACGGGGCUGCGGGCGGGGAUGCGCUGCGGUUUAAGAGCGAUCCCGAGUCAAACAUGAAUACUGUCAUGGAGGCGAAGACGGUGAUAUGCUCCAUGCUCAUGUACAUAUUCGACAUGCGCAGCAACUGGUGCAUCACCACAGCCUUCGACGCCUACUCACGCCUGGGCGACCGCACCACCACAGUGCCCUGGGACAUGCCUGCCAGUCUCUCCCGCACCGCACCCGACCCCACCGACGUGCCCUCUCCAGCCAUCGGCGCACCCCCCUCCCCUGCAUCCACGCUCGAUCCCUCCUCCUCCGCCAGCACCCCUGCCUCUCAGGACGUGAACGGCUCGCACUCCGCUCUUGCGCGUGCGUUAGCAGCGGUAGACGGCUCCACGAGCCCUCACGGGGUUGGGGAGAGAGCAGGGGGUGCGGGGGCAGGUGCGGCGGGAGUGGGAGUGGGAGUGGGUGCGUUACCGCCAUCAGGCAGCACGGGGGGGCUGGCUGCAGUGGCGCUAGCAGCCAUGGCAGCCUCAAAAGAGUCAAGCCGCAAGUCUAUGUGGCGUGGCAUGAGGCUCAAACUAGAAGCUAACAACCUGAAGACGCACGGCCGCGCCACCUUCCGCAUGUUCCCGCCCGAUGCAUCGGUGUUUGAGGGCUUGAGCGGGCAGCUGUUCAAGCGCCCGGCGCUGAGUGCCCUGGUGGAGCGGGUGUCGGAGGGCGGGCUGCCGUACAUGCUAGAGGUGCUGCUGGAUCUGACGCGGUACCAGUACGCGCCACUCAAGGCGUAUGCGUUCUCGCUCAUUGACCGGUACAUGACGGAGAAGGCGUCGCUGCUGCGCAAGAUGCUGGAGUGCCACAUCAUUGUGGAUGCUGACAUGAUGCUCGUCUACAAGCAGGUAGCACGGGAUGUGAGUGUGCUGCGCAGCCUGCAGGGCUGGCUGGGCAGCGACGACUCGCGUCUGCGAGUGGAGGUGCGGCGGCGGUGUGUGCGGCUGCUGGGGCGGUUCAAGGCCAUGUGCACUGUGGGGCCGGGGCAGAACGAGGCGCAGGUGCUCAAGCACCAGACCAUCCUGCAGACCGUCGGCGCUCACCUCUGCUCCGUGGACCUACUACGCACACCUUUCCGCAGGGUGGCAUCGCACGAGCCGGGAGUGAUGGACUGCAUGAGCGACAGGGGCCUGCAGGACCUCUUCUCCGCCGCCUACCAGUUCCUCGCCAUGUUCUGUGCGGGCGUGGUGAACGAGGAGCUACAGCUGGAGCUGCACGCGCACAUGGGGGUGUUCCUGCCGCACCGGGGGCUGGCGUCGCUGAACGUGAUGGCGUUCAUGUGCACCAUGCUCAAGGACAACUACGACCUCUGCUCCACCGUCUCGCACGACCACCUCUGGGCCUGCAUCAAGCUCAUCCUGCGCUACGGCAAGCGCGCCACCUGGCUGCAGUUCCUCGAGACGGUGGUGCUGGUGAACGGGAAGCCCAUAGCGCGCAACCAGAUGAUGGUUCUCGACAUGAUCAUCGACUACGAUGACCAGAUCUCCGGCCUGCCGCACUCGCUCACGCACUGGCGCUGGCGCGAGGCGCUCAUGCGCCGCAACGAGCACGUCACAGCGGGGGUAGACAGCCAGCUGCGCUACCACACCGCGUACGUCUCACUUAUUGCCGCGUGCUGCUGGGGGAACAACCCUGCGAACGCGGUGAAAGUGAGCGGGCUGGUGGGACUGGGGGAUAUCAUGGCCACGCUGCUGUGGCUUGCGAGUGAGACUGCUGUGAGCGCGGACGCGGAUUCUGAAGACAUGGAUGACGCGGGGUGGGAUGAGGAGGACCUGAUGGAAGAAGUCGAGGAGGGGGAGGGAGAGGGAGAGGGAGAGGGAGAGGAGGGCCGGGGCGGGGAUGGGGAGGGUGGAGAGGAAUCGUCCGAGGCAUGGAACGCGGAGAUUAGCUCGGAUGGGGAUACACAGGAGGUGGACUCGUGGUCCACGGUCACGUCUGAAACCAGCUCUAUUCGCGGUGUGAAGCGGGCGGGAGGGGGUGGGAACGGCAGCGGGCGCUUGCAGGCAUCGGGGUCGUCCCAGCGGCGCCUGGAUCCCCGCAUGUCCCGCAGCUUCCCUGCUACUCUCAGCCAGCAGGAAGCAGCUGGGGCGGCGCUGCAGGCCAAGGGAAGCCAGAGCUUCAAAGUGAGCCGGCGCGGACAGGGGAUGUUUGACGAGGCGGGGAGAUACGUGUGGGGGGAGGACGAGGAGGAGGACGAUGAGGGGUUGUGUGAGGAGGAGGAUGAGGAGGGGGUAGCGAGGAAUGAGCAGGCACGGGCGAUGUGGAGAAAGACUAACUCCAUGCGCACGUGGCGGGGGGAGGCGAGUGAGUGGGAGUGCCGCGCGAUUCCUCUGGAGUCGGUGCAUGUGGUGAAGGCCGCGUAUGUGCGGCUGCUGCACCAGGCGUAUGUGACAGGGCACAGCGACCGAGCAACAGCGGAGAUCAGGGACGAGGGCAACGGCAUGUGGCCGGACGCACGUGAGUCGGAAGGGGACGGGCGCAGUGCAGUUGUGGGGGUCAGAUUGCCUCGGUCUGGAUCAGCUGGUGGUAGCACGGAGCUGGGUGCCGGUCCGUCGAGUGCGGAGAAGGCGGCGGGGUGGCGGGGGAUGAGUGGGACGGUGGGGAUGCGGGGGCAGCCUGUAUCGCUCAUGGAGGACACAGUCACGGAGUUGCGCCUGGCAGCAGAGGAGAGCUUCGACCACGCAGCACCAGAGGGGUCAGCGCUGCAUUACGUAACCACAGCAGCACUCCCGAUGCUUUCCGCUUACUUCAAGCGCCACUUCACGUCUCGCGCUGCUCUCCCGGACUCCCACCGCCGCGUGUUAGACGAGCUUGUGGCGGGCAUCUGGGAGCUGUGCUCACAGCUGCCGGCCUCCCAGCAGGAGGCGUGUGUGCGGUGCGUGGAGGAGAUGAAGGCGGCGGGCGCGCUCAAGGGCACCAUGUACGACCCGCUGCUGCUGCCCUUCGCCAUGGACCGCCAGAUGUCGCGCCUCAAGUCGUCGGAGCUGGCGCGGAAAGGCGCGGUGUUCAAGAGCAACUGGGGGAACUUCUCGCGCCUGUUCUCGCACACGCUGGAGAUCACAGAUCUGCACACCAUGGAAGGGUCGGGCGCUAGAGACCUCGCGCUCCUGCUCUCGCAGCAGCGCCUGGUGAUGAACUCCGUGCCGCCGUUUCACUACUCCGAUGUGGUGCGGCAGCUCACGCUGCUGCUCUCGGCACCGAAGAUUCCCGAUGAGAUGACGCCAGACCUCAUUGUGCGCUUCCUGCGCGUGUGCAGUGCAAUGAUCUACCUCACAGAAGACACCGACACCAGAUCCGACCUCCCUGCAGGAGUUGCCGCGUCCGCGUCCUCGUCCAACCCUACCUCUGUCUCUGCCACUGCCUCUUCGACCUCCACCACGUGGCUCGUGAGUGACGACCGCAAGCCCUUGGUAGCCAACAUCACGCACUCCCUCGGUGCUGCUGUGGGGGCCGUGCCUGCUGCCACAGCCACUGCCGCGGGCGCUUCUGGUGCGGCCGGCGGGGGGGAGAAGCGGGAAGAGCAGGUGUCACUGGGGCUGCUGGUGCUGCGUCCAGAGGAGAAGGCGCGUGCGAUGAGCAAGUGGGAGAUGUUUGAGGCGUCGCUGCCCGUGCGCUACUCCAAGUCGUCGCUCGACGCUCUCGACCGCGUGCAGUGCAAGUACGCGGAUCUAGGCCUGGCAGAGUGUGCCGUGCGCCUCGUGAGUCACGGCAACCAGUGGGUGCAAGCCGAGGCGGUGAAGCUCGCGAUCGCACUCACAGACGAGGGAAACAGCAAGGUGCAGGAUCUCAUGUACGCUGUUCUGGUGGAGGAUGGGCAGCUGUUCUUCACUGUACAGAAGGUGCUUGCUGCCGCCUCUGCCACCAUCAAGUUUGUACGCAAGGGGCUGGAUAAACAGGAGGCGCGCGCCAGGAAGGAAGCUGCUGGGAAGCGGCAGAUGCAGGAGAUGGCAGGGGAGGGGUUUGGGGAGGACCGGGAGGGGGCUGGGAGUGAGAUCGCGCGUGGCAGCAUGAGCGGGUUUUUCCGCGGGAGGAGUGUGCCGACGACCAUGCCUCGUGCAUCCUCUGCUAUCAGCGCGAGAGGGGGACGAGUGCAGGCGGCCGACUCGUCUGCAUCGUCGGCAUCUGCUGCAUCAGCCGAAGCACCAGCAGCAGCAUCCGCAGCGGCUGGCGCGGAGGGUGGAGCGUUGGUGUUAACUCCCUCUAUGCGCUCGCGGCUUCUCCAUGCAGCAGCUAUGAUGAGACGGGCUGCUGCCACUGAGGCAGCAGGUGGAGAGGGACCCAAAGCGGUGGAGCAGCAGAAGGAAAAGGAGGGUGGAGCAGGAGGAGCGGAAGCGAGCAGCGGGAGGAAGCAAGAGGCGGAGGGAGAGGAGGUGCAUGAGGAGGAGCAGGAGCGGGUGGGAUCGUUACGGGCGUUUGCCAAGUCCAGGUCGUUGCGCAUUCCCCGGGUCACUCUAGCUGACAGCCCCAGCAUUGCUUCAGACGAUGCUCUCACAGCCUCUGCUGCUGCCAGGGCCACACCCACCGGCAGGGGCGGCAGCAAGACACGGCAGCCGGGGCUCCCAAAGGCCAGCUCGAGGGGCAUGAGUGGCAGGAGAGAGAGCGGGGAGGUGGGAUUUGGUGGAGGGUUUGCUGGGGAGUCCGGUGCUGGCGGUGCAGGUGACAGCAAGGGCGGAUCUGGCCUGCGCAUGUUCCGCCGCGCCGUGUCCUCUGUGGUGACUCGUGAGCUGCCGCGCUCCUCCUCGUCCGCCGCGCACUUCCCCAUGCCCCGCACGCGCGCGUCCAUGGACGCGCAUGUCAAGGCGGGGCGGCGCGUGGAGGGCAGUGCGACGCGCGAGGAGGAGGAUGACGAGGAGGAGAGCGAGGGGCGAUUGCGGCAGGAGGAGGAGGACGGGUUCCAGCUGUGGAACGUGGAGGAGUCAGCGAGUCACAAGGACACCACGCUGCACAAGAAGGCGUGGGUGGUGCUGUCGGGGCACGUCACCAACGUGCUGCGCAUGCUGCAGCUUCUCUGUGAGGGGCACAACGCACGCAUGCAGCGCCUGCUGAGAGUCCAAGACGACACCGCAGCAGCGGGUGCCGUUGCUGGUAGUGGCGGCGGUGGCGGGGGCAUGGCGUAUGACUCGGGGCCGUGGGGCGGGGGUAGAGGCGCGGGGGGCAGCGGGGUGGGGAGCAACGGGCGCAGUGUGAACCUGCUGCAGGAGAUCAUAGUGUUCCUGGAGCAUCUGCAGCCGUCGCUGGACAAGAACCUGUCGCAGCACAACCCACUGCUCGCACAGAUCGCACUCCAGGCCCUGAACACACUCCUGGAGGCGAUUCAGGGGCCGUGCUUUGAGAACCAGCUGGCGCUGGUGCGGUCCAACUUCCUCUCCAUCACGCAGCGCAUGAUGGCCAGCCUUACAUACCGCGAUGAACGUGUGCCCGCACCCGAUGAGCUCGGGGAGGGGGGCGAGCAGCCCGUGCGCUUCAGCCCGGAGGUGAUCGCCAAAGUGCUCAGCUACACGGCGCUCGGGGAUAGACCCGCUGGCAGCCUCGACUGCCCCAUGCUUGGUCCGAACGACCUGCGCACGUGGGUGCGCAACGGCAUCCUGUCAGUGUACCUGUCGCUGCUGGAGGAGAUCGGCAGCAACCACGAGAUCCCCAGCAAGAUGGCAGCAGUCAUUGACUUCUCUGCGCUGCUGCAGCGCUGCCGCUACGUGCGCGGCACCAUUCUCAACGAGUUUGACGCCUUCUCCUCCACGGCGGCCCGCAG